AUGACGUUCAAAACCAAAAGGACGAAUACGUUAAAGAGACAUAAGGACAAUUGGACUGAUAUCACUGAUAUUAGAGCAGAACUUAAAGAACUUCGUGAAGAAAUACAUGAAUUAUCAAUCACUUUAAAGUCGCAUAUCAAGCAGCCCGCCGGUAUCUUCAUGCUUCCCGAUGAGGUUGUUUUAAUUGCUUUACAAUAUGUUAAUCAGAUGGAUGUAUUCAAUUUAGCAUUGACCCAUAGACGAUUUGAAAAUGUUUGCAGAACUAAAUUGUUUCAAUCCAUCUAUGUUUAUGAUGAUGACACCGAUCAAACUAUAACGAUAAAUAUUCCAAAGAGGAUAUAUACCGAUUUCUACAUAAAUAACACAAUUGUAGGGCUGCGUAGGUUCCUUAAUAUGCUUUCAAGUUUGUAUUGUAGACCUAGUCUCAUACAACAUAUAAUGCUUGAGAAUGACAAGUUCAUCUCAACUUCAGCCUUGGAUAUCAUUGUCAAGGCAUCCCCAAAUUGCUCAAUUGUAUUUGGUCACAUUUCUUUCCCCGACACUGAACUUUGGAUCAUAAACAGACAAAAUACAACUAGAUCAAAAUAUCAUUGGUUAAGAAAUGAUCUGGAGUAUGAGUUUCCUGAAGAUUUUGUACCUUCCGUCAAACAUUUGGUCAUCGACUGCAUAAAUCUGUAUAUAAUGAAGAGCUUGAAUUUCAAGCUGGUGAAAACUGUUAAAAUCAAUCAAUUCCCCUUUUUGGGGAUUCCAGCACAGGUAGUAACUCGUUCACAGAUUUCGUCUGCAAAUAUUUCAACUCCGGCGCUAUUAGAAUAUUUUGAUGUUCUGAAGAUUACUCAAUUACUGAUAACUAAUCGCUGUCGGACACAUUUGGAUGAUGGUUAUAUUAAAGUACGUCCUGUGUCCUUCCGAUCACUUAAAAUACUACAAAUCGACUUAUUUAUAGAUUCUAUGAUUGACUUUAUCCCAGGCUUGUUCAUGAAUUCUUUGGAGGAGCUUUAUUUUGGAUGCGAUGUCCGGCAGGCUAAUAAAUGUUUUGGAUCUAUGCUUAACUGGCAUAAAGGCUCUUUGAAAGUUUUGGGAUUCUCGACUUCAAUGGACAAGAGAGGCUAUCAAACUGGCUGUCUGUAUUGGAUGAAAUAUUUAUAUUGUUAUGCUGAUUUCGCAAGAGUUUUAGAACGUCAUUUGAAUAUUAACUUAGUCGAUUUCCCAUUGUUGGAACAGGUGGUAGGAGAUAGGCAAGUUUUAGUUGUUGAUAGACUACCCAGGGAACCUCGUUUGGUUCCUCUUGAAUUUCACAACUCUAAGCACAAUGCAACGCGUUAA